AGACUAGCUUGACCCAGGAGUGAGCUCGUUCUAAAUUAUUGACAAUGUCCUCACGGUGUCCAGAUUUACGAAAGUUUCGUACAUCCAAUGGCCCACCCCAUUGCUUGCUGAUUGGCGAGAUCUUCACCCGUAUAUGUCAAUAUGCAUAUGAAGCAGCGAACGAAGACAGCAACCCGGACUUCUGUACCCUCAAUGCCCUGGCUCAGACGUGCAGCGCGUUUUGUGACCCUGCAUUGGACGUUCUAUAUCACGCACAGCUCAGUCCUGUGAUUCUUCUACGGUUUCUACCAGUCGACGUAGUAGAUGAUAAUGGCCGGACUCUUGUGGAAUUUUCGCCGGCCAGUGUGUGCCUCGGAUUGGGCCCGCUUCGACUUCUAUGCGCGUCGUGUCAAGGUCAUGUACUUCUACUCAUACGGGGAAAAGUUCGCAGAGAAAGCCCAACUGCUGCGGCGAGAGCUCUCACCCUCAGUAUACGACUCUCUGGCUUGUCGUAGGACAUCCGAUCCACUAUGUCCUAAUCUCCAGAACAUUUACUGGGACGUAAGUGACUUGGUAUGGUCUGCAAGUCUUCCUCUUCCUACCCUCUUCCUGCACCCCGGGUUACGCGCCAUUCAUAUGUAUCACAGGCUACGGCCAUUCGGCAACCCCAUGUUACAGCUUGCCUGCUCGUUCAUCUCCUACGUCCCUCAAUUUGCAUGUGACAUUGAAGAGAUGCAUGUCAAUUUUGACGGCCCACGCGGCUGGUCUGACUUUCUUCACGCAUCUUUACCAUCCUUGCGAUCGCUGCGUAUCUUGGAUAUCAAAGGUACCUCUCAAAGUGGGGCCCAGAAAAUUAUCAUGGAGGCCAGCCGGUUGCCAUUCUUGCGAUCGCUGUCGAUUGCAACCUACGAUUAUACUGGUGUUUCCGCAGAGAAUGUUCCUCCCCUCCAGGCAACUGUGUUUACGACACUGGAGGUCCUCGAGCUCAAGUAUGCUAUGGCACCUUCUUUGACCUCGAUGUUCAGGUCAUAUCAGUUCCCAAAACUGAAGUCAUUCAGCUUGACAUUGGUCGAAGACACGAUCCCUGCAAGCAAAGAUAUACUCCAUCUUAUCGCGUCAUACCUGCCCAAUCAUAUUCUGCAGCACCUUUCCGUGAAAGUUAUUUCGCCAAUAAAUGCAGCCAUGGAUGUCUUCCCUAUUCGCGUCUUUUCGCCUAUCGACAUUCAACCUAUCUUCUCGUUCCGCAAUUUGAUCUCAUUGAACAUUGGCUGCAUUGAGGUCAAGUUAAGUGAUUCGGAUAUCAUGCGCCUGGCAAUGGCGUUUCCUCGGUUGCAGCAGAUCCGUAUGCGGUCCGAUAUCUGUUUGACAUCCAUCAUCCAUUUCGUUCGACACUGUCCGGACUUGGAAGACCUGAAUAUCUUCCCUCUUGCUACAUCCUACAUCCCUAUAACUGCGGAUCGGCUACCUGGCGAUGGGUUGUUCAAUGAGAAGAUUAAAACAUUGAACGUUUUGGACACUCAUUUGAGAGACCUACCCGGGGUGGCCGCGUUUCUCUCGGAUAUCUUUCCAAACUUGACAAGUGUCGAGCCGCAGUUGCUGCAGGAAAUGGUGGAGAUUUUUAAAGCAGUUCGAAUGCAGGAACGAAGAGCAGAGCAAGGGCGUAGGCACUUAUGAAUGAAUUUACGCCUCCUGGACAUGUAUGGGUUUAUGCUUUAUAAACCAGUGGCACUUUCAAGAUGGGGGCGCAUCAAGUAUUAAUAGCAUUGUUAAUAUCCUAGAUUGAUAACUCGCAGAAGGCAGUUGAGCUGGGUAAUGCUCGGUUUGGUUCCCUAAAGAGAGUACUAUCGGUGUACAC